AAUAGGCCAGAAGGGAAUAGGCUCAGUGGAAAUUUUAUGAUACUUAAAGGAAACUUGUCCCUCUCUUAUUCAGCUUUUGAAGAUAAGAUUGUCACCACACUGAACUGCUUACAUUUGUACUUAAGCAGCUGCUUCUUGUUUAUUUGCAGUUUGCUGACUACCUAUAACUUCCUUAUACGUGAGAACCUGUGUCUUAGAACUGGAGUCCUGUGGAAGCAGCCACCUUCUAGGACGUUUUUCAAUGACAGAAAGAAGCUUCAUACUGCUCCGUUAGGGCAAGUCUUUCGCCUGCGCCCCUUCCAUGUUCUGGUAGCUACAGGUGGGGGAUACGCAGGAUACAAAAAAUAUGAGGAUUACAAGUUGGAACAGCUGGAGAAGAGGGGCAUAGAGGUGCCUGUGAAGCUUGCAAGUGAGUGGGAGGUCGCUCUGUACAAAUCGGUACCAACUCGCCUGCUCUCGCGAGCCUGGGGCCGCCUGAACCAAGUGGAGCUGCCUACAUGGCUGCGGAAGCCUGUCUACAGCCUGUACAUCUGGACCUUUGGAGUGAACAUGAAGGAGGCGGCAGUUGAAGAUCUGCAUCACUACAGAAACCUCAGCGAAUUCUUCCGCAGGAAGCUGAAACCACAAGCACGGCCAGUCUGCUGUGCACACAGUGUGAUUAGUCCCUCUGAUGGCAAGAUCCUUAAUUUUGGACAGGUAAAAAACUGUGAAGUGGAGCAAGUAAAAGGGGUUACUUAUUCUCUGGAAUCUUUCUUGGGACCUCGCAUCUCCACAGAGGAAUUGCAUUUUAGACAGGCCUCACCUGGUAACUCUUUUCAGCAACAACUAGUCACAAAGGAGGGGAAUGAGCUCUACCAUUGUGUAAUCUACCUUGCCCCAGGGGAUUAUCACUGCUUCCACUCACCCACUGACUGGAGAGUGUCACACCGACGUCAUUUCCCAGGUUCUCUGAUGUCUGUGAAUCCUGGAGUUGCUCGCUGGAUCAAGGAACUGUUCUGCCACAAUGAACGGGUUGUCCUUACAGGUGACUGGAAACAUGGCUUUUUCUCCUUAACAGCUGUAGGAGCAACAAACGUGGGCUCUAUCCGCAUCUACUUUGACCAGGACUUGCAUACCAACAGUCCAUCUUAUUCUAAAGGUUCCUACAACGACUUCAGCUUCAUAUCCAACAACAACAAGGAGGGAAUCCCCAUGAGGAAAGGGGAACAUUUAGGGGAAUUUAACUUAGGCUCUACGAUUGUACUCAUCUUUGAGGCACCCAAGGACUUCAAAUUCCACCUUAAAGCCGGACAGAAAAUCCGCUUUGGAGAAGCACUGGGCUCUCUAUAGAAUAAAUUCGCUCAGCAAGAAGGUUUUCUAUACAAAGGGACUCUUCUCACACCACUGAGCGUUUCACUUAACAAGUGUGCAUCACUCAGCAGGACCUGGGUGAGGAAAACAGAUGUCAUUGCUAUGUUAAACUUGAGAGUAUCUGGUCUACAGUUAACGUGCUGCUGAAUGCAGAAAGAGAAUUGAAUGACCACAUAUGUAUCAGGUACAGCUGCCUUUAAAGAUGUUGACCGUGGAGGUUUCUGUCCCACCCUGUGCCUGUAGUCUUUCAUUUUCUCCCCUCAAUGUGCCACAGGAUACUUAUGUUCUUAGAGCCCGUAAAUCCCUUCUAAACCUUCCUGGGCUGUGCAGGUGCAAUGGGGAAGGGUGGAGUUAGAGAUUAGCUGUAUUUAAAGGGACACUGACAGGCUGAGUCAGACCUUGUACCUUAUAUCUGCAAUACCUGUUUUUCAGACCUUGAGUAAAGAAUGUGUUCUCAUAUUUAUUUUAUUCUAAGACACUCCGGUGAAGUUCUUUCUUACCUAAAGGCAGCCUGUGAAUGCACAGCACGCCAAACGAGCGAGCAGCUUCACAGUCCAAAGCAAAAUGUACAGCAGACAGCAUCAAUACAAUAAAUUACACUCAUCCAGGUUUUCUACUGAAACAACUUCAUUUUACCUGACAUUGUCCCUUUAAAAAUUGACUUUGCACUGUAUUUUAAACCUGGAAACACUGUGUCUACAUUCCAUACAAUGAAACAUCUUUGGGUUUUCUUUUUUUUUUUAAAAAAAAAAAAAAAAAGGAAAAGAAAAGAAAAGCUCUGUGUCCUAAUCUAUGGUUUUAUUUUGCUACUCCAGGCCUUAAAGAUUUUGUCUGUAUGAGAGACAGUUACUUCACCUUUGGAUUAAGGUGUUGGAAAAGGUAGAGGAUGUUUUUCUUGUGUGAUGCAAUGAGAUGGCAGCCAAAAUAUGUUUUUACUUUCUGCUAUGUAUCUUCAUUGUUGCUUUGUAACUAAAGAAGAAGUAAUCUCUCUAUUUACAAAACAGUUUCAGAUACUUGAGGACCAAUUUUUAUGGCACAGAGUGAGAUGUCCUAUUAUGUACUGACUGUGUAUAAAAAUACAGCUCUUUGAAGCAGUCCCAAGUUGCCUCCCAGGUGCCAGUGUGGCCCUCCUAUAAUGAACUGACAACUCUUAUCUUACUCAAAAUA